CAUCGCUCUGACGUCAUUGUUUAAUACGAGUGGAGCUUGCUUGAUAUAAAAGCCGGUUCAGAAAGCUAUGACAGGAUUUCUCAUCUGAGGCGAUUACUGAAACAUAAAUGAACAUCAAUAGCCGGUAACUCUCUACAAUGACAUUUACACUGUUUUUCAUCAUCCUGAUCGCGUGUCCUAUUGCCUCUAUGGGGGCGAAAUGGACAUACAAUGGACCUGAUGGAGAGCACCACUGGUCCACACAUUACCCAUUCUGUGGAGGGGCAUUCCAGUCACCCAUUGAUUUCCAAACACAGCUGCUGAGAUAUGAUCCAAACCUUCCACACAUCCAGAUCCAGAACUACAAUCUGUCAACCAAUGAGCAGCUUACUCUCGGCAACAACGGACACUCUGUGCAGCUGUCUUUGCCCUCUCACAUGUACAUCUCCAGCCUGCCUCACAGAUAUUCAGCAUCUCAGCUUCACUUCCACUGGGGCUCCUCCAAUCUACUAACUGGAUCAGAACACACUGUCAAUGGGAAGCGGUUUGCUGCAGAGAUGCAUGUGGUGCACUUUAAUUCUGACAAGUACCCCAACAUCUCAAUGGCGGUAGACAAGCAAGAUGGACUGGCUGUGCUAGGAGUUUUCAUUGAGAUUGGUGAUUCCAACCCUGCUUUUGACAAAUUUCUCAAAUACAUCAAUGGGAUAAAGUACAGAGAUCAGAAAAUACAGGUUCCAGCCUUUAACAUCCGUGAGCUAUUGCCAACCCGUCUGGAUGAGUAUUACCGCUACGAUGGUUCCCUGACCACGCCUCCCUGCUAUCCCAGCGUGCUAUGGACCGUGUUCAGGAAACCUGUCACCAUUUCACGAAAACAGUUUUUGGCAUUGGCCUCUGCUCUGUAUGCCUCUUAUGCACAAGAAUCUGCUCCAGUGCCUCUUCACGGAAAUUACCGGAAGCCACAACUAACAGACAACAGAGUAAUUCUGGUCUCCUUCAAAGAUGGAAUUCAUGGUAUUAUUUCAGUGGCGUCCCCCUUUCAGAGGAGGCAAGUCAUACAGAAGCUUCUGGUAGGUGACCUUGCAGAUCUGGCCGAUGAUGGACUCAGUCAGCUUCUACCGAAGCUGAAUCCCCUCCCUGGAGCCGCUCAGAAACAACAUUGGCCGAAGAACAAGGUUCCAAGCAACACUGUUGUGAAGAACAUGCCUACAAGUCCUUAUAUGGGCACACUUGAUUUGAAUAAUGGGCUGUGCUUUGAAUCCCUGGAGAAGAAUGUUAUUCGUCAGCUACAGAGAUAUCACGUGAAGGGUCAGAUGGUCCAAGCUUUGAGAGAAGUCAUCUUCCCUGAGUUGAACCUCAGGAGUUAUUUGGACUGCAAGUCUGACCUGGAUCUCGAGACCAUAAGGCAACUUGUUCAAGGAAGACCAAGGGAUGAAGCCGUCGAGCUCGAACAAUCGCUGACCAAAGCCAUGCGAAGACAGGUUAGAAAGCAAAUCAAACGGCAAAGAAACCCAAACCUAAAAAGCAUCACGGGGCAUCCUCAAGCCACGAUCAUCAAGGAACGCAACUUGGAAUCUUCUUACAACAGACUUCAACAAGUUGAAAGGGAAGAUUAGAGCCAAUGAGGGCCUCAACCAUCCCUGGAAGCUUAAGUUUUUGCUGUCCGCUGUCACGCACACUCAGAAUAUUUAGUCAGCUCGGCUCCUAGGGCCAGCAUAACAACUGACUAAUGUUUAUUUAGUUUGACGGGACCUGUAGCAGUACUGCUCUAACACUUUUGUUUAAGAGACUCAGAAAGCCUUUGUCUGAAACCUGUUUUGCUUUUGCUGUGCUUAAAGGGAUAGUUCAUGCAAAAAUUUAAAUUUACAGCUCACAUUUGCUUUUAUGACACUAUUGGUUAGGAUUAAGGUUUUGUUGAUUUAAACCUUGAUAAAGCAUUAACUUAAAAGUGAUAGUUCACCCAAAAAUGAAAAUUCUUUCAUCAUUUAUUCACCCUCAUGACUUUCUUCUUCUGCAGAACAUGUCGUGGCUUCUGCCACCUCUGUGAAACAUCACUCUUGAAGUCUUGGGGUUUUGAUCCCAGAAUAUAGACUUUUUUAUCAGAGAUAAAAAAGCAGAGUUGCUCCCAGCACAACUCCUGCAAAAUGGGUUUGUCCCCCUUUAUACAUAUGAUCUCCCAAGGCAUGGCUAAUAUAUUCCAUAUGUGUCACUGGACACCACUGUGGAGAGACUUCACCAUAUUUUCUUUAGCGUUAACACAGGAGACUCAGUUUACCAUAUGAGAGGGGCCCCACAUCCACAGACACAGCCAGUCACAUGGUUGACCACCAGGAACAAUUGUAGAAUAAAAUGGCUAUAUUAACAUUGAUUAUACUUGAUUAAUUUAUACUCAACUUUAUAAAAAUAUUCUACAAACACAAACAAAGAUUUUCAGAAGAAUAUUUCAGCUCUGUAGGUCCAUACAAUGCAAGUGAAUGCAUGCCAAAAUUUUGAAGCUCCAAAAAAGCAUAUAAAGGGAGCGUAAAAGUUUCAUAUUUCAUAAGACUCCAGUGGUUAAAUCCAUAUCUUCAGAAGCGAUAUGACAGGUGUGUGUGAGAAACAGAUCAAUAUUUAAGUCCAUUUUUACUAUAAACUCUCCUUCCACCCAGUAGGUGGCGAUAUGCACGAAGAAUGUGAA